UGCACAGAACCAAGCCCAGGGUUUCUCACCAGCAGUGAUUAAAGGCCCCGGUGUCUGGAGUCUGGGCUGGAUACUGUUCCGGCUGUUGUCCCGCGCGUCUUCCUCCACACAGCGGCAUGGAGCGCUCCUGAUCCCGGCAGGACGCCUGGAGAUCUCAAGCGAUUCUUCCCUCAUCACAUCUUGGAUCUGUUUGGAUAUUCUGAGGCCCGACCAUGUCUGCGAGAGACAAGGGGAUCCUGACCAAAGACAGCGUCAGCCUGCUGCCCUGCUUCUACUUUGUAGAGCUGCCGAUUCUGGUAUCAUCCGUGGUCAGCCUGUACUUCCUGGAGUGGACAGACUUGUUUAAGCCCGUGAAGUCAGGCUUCAACUGCCAUGACCGCAGCCUGAGCCUGCCCUACAUCGACCCAAACCAUGAGGUCAUCCCCCUGCUGAUGCUCCUUAGCCUAGCCUUUGCCGGACCCGCCAUUACGAUAAUGAUCGGAGAGGCCAUCCUGUUCUGCUGUCUAUCACGGAGGAAGGGUGGAGCCGGAGCCGAGGCUAACAUCAACGCUGCUGGCUGCAACUUCAAUUCCUUCAUACGCAGAGCUGUCCGCUUCGUUGGCGUUCAUGCAUUUGGUCUCUGUGCCACGGCCCUCAUCACAGACAUCCUCCAACUAAUGACGGGCUACCCAACACCGUACUUCCUCACCGUAUGUAAACCCAACUACACCACGCUUAACGUCAGCUGUGAGCAGAACCCCUACAUCAUGGAGGAUAUUUGUUCAGGAGCCGACCCCACGGCCAUCAACCAGGGCAGAAAAUCCUUCCCGUCGCAGCAUGCCACCCUCGCAUCCUUCGCUGCUGUCUAUGUUUCCAUGUACUUCAACAGCACUCUGACUGACUCGUCCAAACUGCUCAAGCCCCUGCUGGUUUUCUCCUUCAUUAUCUGUGCCAUCAUUUGUGGUCUGACCCGGAUUAUCCAGUAUAAGAACCAUGCUAUUGACGUCUACCUGGGCUUCCUGCUUGGUGGUGCUAUUGCUGUGUACCUGGGUUUGUAUGCAGUUGGAAAUUUCCAGCCUAGUGAGGAAGCCAGCACCAGCCCUCCUCCACCCCUACACCGCCCCCCAUGCUCCUUGCCCCACAUUAGCCAGGAGGCUGUGCUCCAUCACCUGCAAAUGAAGGCAAGCCUGGCCGGGGAGCCUGGCAUACCUAUCACCCCCACUGGGGCCCUCUUGCAUCGAGGUCUUCAGCAGCAAAGGCCUGAAGACAGUCUGAAGCACUCCAGUGCAGAUGUUGAAGUAAUCUCCCCACGCAGCCCUCAGAGCAAAGACGCCUAUGUGACCUUUAGCCACACCCUUCCUCGGGUCCAUACCCCCCAGGCCAUGGCUGCAUAUGAGGAAGCAGCCAGACGUCAUGCUGCCACCCUUCACCAUGCCUCCAUGGACUCCAGUCGCUCAAAGCAACUUCUGUCUCAAUGGAAAAGUAAGAACAACCACAAAUGCUCCCUGCAGGUCCCAGACUCCUUCUCCUCCUCUGUAGACUCCUCAUCUGGCCAUCCCUCCCAACAUCCACACCACCAUGGCAGUAUGGAGCUCCGAUCCAGCUCAGAUCCGUCAGCUAUGGGCAUGAACGGAGGAUUUGAUGCACAUGCAUACAUGUCCAAGCUGGCCACAGGGGCUUGUAACACCCUGCCCAGUAACUGCAGUGGCAUCACUGGAGGAGCAAGGAUAUCCAUGCAAUCUAGACCUGGAUCUUCACAGCUGGUCCACAUACCAGAGGAGGCUCACGAGAAUUACAACCCUACAUCUCCAAGGACCAGUGAAGGAGGAGGAAGUGAUGGGAUGUCAACAUUAAAUAGCACAGUUCAGGCUAACUGGCAAAGAGCAGCAGAGAAGACUGCGGCCUGCAGGACUAAUGAUAAUGGGCACAACACCCAGCCAAGAAUUAUGCAAGUCAUUGCUAUGUCAAAGCAGCAGGGUCUACUACAGACCCACUCCAAGAGCUUAGAUGAGAGCAGCAUUGGCUGCAGCACAACUGGGAGUUGCCAAGGCUCAGCUCGCUACAGAGCGCUGACUGAUCAAGAUCCCACCAGCAUCACAGGUCCCAGCUCACUUGGUAGCACCACAGGCAGCAUUUCAGGAAGUACUGGAGCAAUUGUUAGAGUCGAGGCCCACCCUGAAACCAACAGGCCAAUCAUACAAGCUCCCUCAACAGAUGGAACUGGAUCAUGGAGAUGGCGUUCCCUGGACCAUGGCACAGGAGCUGGUGGAGGUUCAGGGACAAGUGGAGCAGGAGGUGGAUCAGUUGGAGGUGGUAGUUUGAGGCAGUCCUUUGAGCUCAAUGAUCUUAAUAGAGACUCAGAAAGCUCCGACUCAUAUCGUGAAGGGUCCAUUGACCGGAAGCGUGCCAAUCAUAUUGUUACAACCACUGCCACUGUUAGCACCCCACCUAUAGUUACUGUUCACACCCAGAGCACCAGCCAGUCAGAGCAGAGGCUUCAUCCCCAGGGCCUUUCUACCAUAAGGGUCACUCCAGGGGAUGGAAGUGGUUCUGUAUCUGGAAUUGGUGGCGGAGGAGGAGGUGGUGAAUCUGCCUCUGAAACCCACUCAGUAGCCUCCAGUCGUGAGUCAACACUACGGAGAAAAGGCAAUAAUAUCAUCCUGAUUCCAGAGAGAGCCAACAGCCCCGAUAACGCCCGAAACAUUUUCUACAAGGGAACGUCAAUAACUCCUGUUUUUAAGGACUAGUUCAUAAAUUACUUUUAAGAAGCUGUAGCUAAUAAUACAAGACAGCUGGAUUUGUAGAGAACCCUGUGUCUGUGACAACUGUCAGUACCUACCACCAUUGUAUAUAUCACAAUAAUUUCAGAAGGAAAACAAAAAAAGGUUUUAUGAAGCAUGAGAUUUUUACAUAUUUACACGUAAUCACAACCUUUUUAGUGGUGUAGAAAUAAUCACUGUGUCCUUUUGUGGUCACUCCCAAGGAAACAUUGUGUAAUGUCUAUUCUGUGCCAGUCACAUGGAGGCAGGAGAACCUUUUUUUAAACAGACCUGUUUGGUUUUGAAUAUAAAUCAUCACAAAACAAAAAGAAAAAAAUCGAGUAGCACAGUAACUUUUAAACUGUAGCAAACUGCAACAAAAUAAUUGUACCAUAGCUGUGAAACCAGUGUUAACUUCCCUGCACUGUAUAUAUAAUGUGUUUGUUUGAAAAGGGUGCUACACCAGAAAAUACUAUUUACUAUACAUAAUACUGUAUCAUUUGAAUAGAUAAAGAAUGACUUAUUUUACAAAGUGAA